UAUGGAUGGUUGCAAUAGAUAUUUUAGGUAAAAAGUACACUCAGAAUUGUCAUCAUGAUGACUCAAAUGUUCGACUUCCGAUUUUCCGCUUACGCUCUUUUUCCGGUGUGCAUCGAAUAAACAAGCUGCUCCAAAAUGGGUAAGCGAAACAACAUGAUCCCUAAUGGGCACUUCCACAAAGAUUGGCAACGCUUUGUCAAGACUUGGUUCAAUCAGCCUGCUCGCAAAUUCCGCCGCAGGACGAAUCGUGUCAAGAAAGCCCGUGCUGUCGCUCCAAGGCCUGUGAAUCUUCUGAAGCCCAUAGUCCACUGCCCCACAUUCCGUUAUCACACCAAGGUACGUGCUGGUAGAGGAUUCACUCUCGAGGAACUCAAAGCCGGUGGUCUGAACAAAAGAUUCGCUAAAACCAUUGGAAUUGCCGUUGACCCAAGGAGGCGUAACAAGUCAGUAGAAUCUCUGCAAGCAAAUGCGCAGAGGCUCAAGGAGUACAGAGCCAAGCUUAUCCUCUUCCCGGUCAACGAGAAGAAGCCGAAAAAGGGUGAUGCGACAGAGGAAGAGCGCAAGGUCGCGACGCAACUGAAGGGCGAAGUAAUGCCCGUCCGUCACCAGGCUCCGGCCAAGGCGAAGGCCCGUGUUAUCACCGAAGAUGAGAAGAAAUUCUCCGCGUACAUUACACUGAGAAAGGCCCGUGCUGAUGCAAGACUCGUCGGAAUCAGAGCCAAGAGAGUCAAGGACGCCGCGGAAAAUCCUGACGACCUUACCAAGGUUGCUGCGACCAAGGAAACCAAAAAGGCCGCCAAGAAGUAAAUAACAUCGCAGUUACUGAUUCAUGCGUUUAUUGAAUAAAAGAGAAAAACAACAAAAAAAAACUAAAAAAAAAAAAGUGUCUCAAUGUUCAUUUUUCAUCCUUGGAUUAUUCUUUCUCAAGAUUAAAAAAAAAAACCAUAUAAAAUAAUAGUUUAGGAAAGAAAAAAGUACAAUUUUUUCAUAUGCUAAUUAUAUGAAAGCACUUGAAUGACUAUGAAAAUGUGAUAAGUUCAAAAAAUGAACAAGUGUUGAGCUCGAUUAUCAAAUUUUAUGAAUUUAAGAUUCAAAUCAUAAUUCAUACACUUUCCACAACCAAUGGGCUAUUCACACAAAAUUGAGUUUAGAAAUGAAUUAUUUUACCAUGUAUAAUCUUGAAAUAGUUGAAGGGCAGCAAAAAUACAAAGAACCAAUUUUGUAAAUCAUCAAA